AUGCCUCGGGUCUAUCCUCCUUUGGAAGGACGACAGCCGAGCGUCGCCCUCUCACCCUCCCUAGUCGAGUCCGCCGCUGGCUUUACCGCCGGCGUUGUCUCGACCUUGGCUGUCCACCCAUUCGAUGUAGUGAAGACAAGACUGCAAAUAGAACAAAAUGAACGCACAAGACCGGGUGGCAGCAUCCGCAGCGGUGCUAUGGUGCGGGCUUUUUACAGAGGUCUCAUGCCAAACAUGAUCGGAAAUAGUGUCAGUUGGGCACUCUACUUUAUGUGGUAUGGAAACAUCAAGGAUCUUGUGCGCGCAGCUCGCGUAAGCAGUCAAGGAAGUCAGAAUGCGCAGCUGAAGAGCUCGGACUAUUUUAUUGCGUCUGGAGUUGCUGGGAUCUUGACAGCGGUCUUCACAAAUCCGAUAUGGGUCAUCAAGACUCGCAUGCUAUCGACCGCCCGCAAUGCACCUGGUGCAUACAAGUCGAUUUUGGAAGGCACUACAUCUCUAUACCGAUCAGAAGGAGUUCGCGGAUUCUAUCGCGGUCUCUUGCCAUCUCUCUUCGGUGUUUCUCAUGGCGCCAUUCAAUUCAUGGCCUAUGAACAGCUCAAGAAUCGAUGGGCACUGCACCGCACAGGUGGAAAGGAAGGUCUUACCAAUCUCGACUACCUCCAACUCAGUGCCGUCAGCAAAAUGUUCGCAGGCAGCAUCACGUACCCUUAUCAAGUGGUUAGGGCCCGCUUGCAGACGUACGAUGCUCCACAGAGGUACAAAGGUGCGUGGGACGUGGUCGGAAAAGUGUUCAGAAACGAAGGCAUCGCUGGAUUUUACAAAGGAUUGGCACCAAACAUAGUACGUGUGCUGCCAAGCACCUGCGUAACAUUCUUGGUGUAUGAGAAUAUGAAGUACUAUUUGCCUCGAUUCUGGGCCGGCGAAGGGCCAGUCGACGCUUAG